UCUGCAAAUUGGCAGACUUUUAAUUUAAGCUGCAGAUUUUUUCGAUGACGCAGAUAUUUGCAGAUUUUUUAGUUUGGUUGCAGAUAUUUGCAGAUUUCUUAGUUUGGUUGCAGAUAUUUGCAGAUUUUUGAAUAUAAAGGCUUUUGGUUACACUAGCUUUCCUGACAUUUUUUGUUCUUCCCAGACUUUUAAAAUUAUUAUCGCAGACAUUUGAAAAAAGUACCUGGCAUCUCUGAUUCGGUAACCAGCACUACUUGGUGCAGCACGUCGCAAAGAAACGGUGGAAUAGGUUGGCAAGUAACCGCGCCUGCUAAUGGCCUUUCAGCUGUGGAACCGUCCGUUGAAACCUUGUCUACGUAUAAUAGCUUGCAAACUUUUACCACCCGUUGCCGCUUUCCGGUCGUUCAGGAUGAGUGCUCGACAACGCUCGGAAAAGGUCCUGGAGCAAUUGAAGGAAUCGAACCCAUAUUUUGGCAAGUAUGCGAAUAAAAUAGCCGCCGUGCAGAAAAGCUCACCGGAGGAGUUCCUAUCACGGCUGGAAAAAGUCGAAAAAGAGAAAAAUAAACCAAAAUCCACUGGUUCCGAACAGCUGCGGGAUUACUCGGAACUGUUGAAUCCCAAAGCUCCUCUGGUAAACAAUCGAUCGGAACAGGAGGCCACCUACAAAAAGCUAAGCGAUAUAAUGAAGGUGGAUUUAAUUGAGCAGCGAAGCGCGGAGGAGAUUCGGGAGAUCUGGUUAAAGUAUCACGUGGGUAAGGAAGUGAUUUCAGCGGCCAUUCCCGUUGAACAGUACGAUUUGAUGAUGGAGCGAGCAAAGAAAUAUCCUAUCUUCAUUCUCCCAAUGCCAAGAAGCCAGGGCUACGAGUUUAUUAUGCUGCAAUUUUUCGCCAACACGGUUCAUUUCACCCCGCUAAUUAACUAUCAGGUGCACAAGGAAAAUGCCCCGGAAUGUUUGAACGUGGCUAUGUAUACUGAACUGCGCGAAAAGGGUCUGGUUCUGAUGCGAGGAGAAUACGACCCGAAGGUGAUCUCCGGCCAGGAGGCUCAAUGUUUGGCCAACCAGCUGCAGUUGUACUACAGUCAGCAUAGUAAGAGUAAGCUGGCCCUGUUGGAAUUGUUCACGACUCAACCGGAGAAGUUCAAACACAUGGAUGUCAUCGAAGAGCUAAACAACCUGAAAAUUGGCGAAUAAUUGUAUUGCUAUGCGGUUCAUUCAUUUAGAAAGUAAAAUCUAGAAAGCUCGUUGA